AUGAACACCCUCACAAUCGACUCUGAAAAGGCAGAUGCAAUCAUUGGCCUUGUAUCAACCGGCAGAGUAGCAGGCGAGGCUAAAAGCCAUAGUCCAUCAGACGCACGCAAAAUUGCCCUUCAGGCUCUUCAAAAUAUACAGCACACGGUCAAAGCUCGUCAAAAGAAAAUGCUCGCUUACGAUAUCACUGCCGAUUGUCUUGACCGUCAUUACAAAGCCAAAAUUUAUGCCGCCCGGCAAAAACUGACAAACCUUGAGGUCAACUUGGCUGGUCUGACCCACGCCCUAGCUAUCUUGCAGCAGACUCGCCGAGUAUCCGAACGUGAGGUAACUGAGCAUGAAGAAGUGCUAGAGCAGGCAAGAAACUAUGCACAGCAGCGUCAGAACAAAAAAUCCAAGCGUGAACAACAGUACAACCACUUUUACUUUGUUCCUCUAGUCUCUAGACAGUUUGAAAAUAAGUACAAGCGGGCGAGCGACAAAAAUGCAUUUGCUGAGGACCAAGUAUGCAAAAUUAGGAGCGCUAUUGAGGAGUGUCAGGCAACAAUCCGUGACACAGCCAAGGAACAAAAGUUGCGCCAGACUGAGUUUGAAGAAGAAACGAGUAAACGCGAUAUAAUUGAACGGGACAUCCGAGAGUCUGAAAAUAUGUUGGACCACUUAGCCAAGGGACGCCAAUUCUGGGGAGAGUUUGAUACCUGUCAAGCUCACAUCUUGAUCGAAUGUACCAAACAGAUGGCCGCACUUUUUGGACAUUCUGAAAAGAAGUCCAAGUCGCCGAAGCUACAACAAGAAAGAGAUGAAUGGAUCAGCGUAUUUCGUCUAGCAUGCCUAAACUACGGUGAAUGUGAACGCCAAGGUGAAGAACGAUGGGGAAGUGGACUAAAAGCCGAAUUUGUCUGUGCUCGCUGCAAUGUACUUAAGGUUGAAUGGCCUACACCCGACAAGGUCCGUCCUAAUGAUCUACUGUGUGCCGAGUGCUACGAAGAGACACGAACGAGUAUGAUUAUGGAGAAAAAAGUCAAUAGUCUUGGAGGCAAGCUCGGCUUAGAAAGACCUCCUAAUGUACGCAUGGCAUCCAAAGCAUCGUUUAUGUCUUCGGUGUCAACAAACACAAAUAAUUCUGGCCGGUCACAGAGUUCGUUUUUAGCAGAAUCAAAACCAGCUGUGAAGAAGAUGCUCAAGACACUCUUUCACAAAAAGUCACAAGCUCUAUGCAAUGAUUCACUUCAAAAUGGGCAAUCCAUGAAUGGGUACAGCAAUAACAGCCAACACCAAUCCAUGAUGACAUAA